ACAGAUGAAUUGAAGAGAGCGAGGGGGGGCAGAUUUUGAGAACAGAAGGCUAUCGGGACGCUCAUAGUUUAGAAUCCCGGAAUUUGGCCCAAAUGCUGCCCUCUACGGGACUUUUUAAGGAUUUUCUUUGUCCGUAUUACGACGGCAAUGAGUCCGGCGAUACCCCAUCGUGCCGGCGGCCGUUUUGUCACUUCAAGCACGCUCGAAAAGACGAUUCAGAUGCCGUUCCGCCCACAGAACCGGCUCCAGCACCGGUGUACAAGCCGGCGCCAAAGCUUCUCUCUCUUCCACUGCCGCUGAUACCUCUUAUAGGGCCCAAGAAGAAAUCUAAACUCGAGUACCACCCUGAGAAACCGGGGCUGAAUGCGUCACCGGCAAAGAAGAAAGAGGAGGCGACCGUGGACAGUGCGCCCAAAUAUGUACCCUCCCGACCUUCGCUUACAAACGGUUCCGUCGGUGGAAAUUGGCACGAUGCACUCGAAAAUGAAGAAGAUGAGGAACUUCAGAUAGUAAUAAAUCAUGAGGACCCCCUGGAUACAAUCCAGGAUGAUGAACCUGGCGUAGGAGAAUUGGAUGAAAAGAAAGUGUCGGAAGAACCGGAGGAAAAGCCAAAGAGUACAUGGGAGGACAAGUCCAGCAAGGAUCAGGACAGAAAUAAGGAAAAGGAUGCUUCCUGGGAAAGGGAUGAGGAGCUCAAACUAGACAUUAAUAUAGUCAAGGAGGAAAAAGGCCAAGAGAGGGAAAAAUCUAAGGAAAAGGACAAACAGAAGUUAAAGGAUGAGGAAAAAUACUCAGAGAAGGACAAGGAGAGGCGCAAGUCAUCUCACAAGGACAAGGAUCGGUCAAAAGAUCGCCACAGCUCCAGUUCCAGUUCUUCCAGGCACAAGUCAUCGACCAGCUCUUCUUCUUCAAGUAGGAAGUCGUCAAGUAGCGAUAAGCACCGGGAUGAGAAAACCAGCAGUAAAAGCAGCAGCAGCAGCAGCAAGCAUAAGAGCAGUUCCAGUUCCUCCUCAUCCAAGAGUCGUCAUCAUAGCUCCAGCUCAGUGUCGAAAAGCUCCUCCAGCUCCCACUCCAAAUCCAAAAGCAGCUCGUCGUCCGGAAAGAGUUCCGGCUCAUCCAAAAGUGAACCAGAGGCAGAAAAAGAAACUGAAAGUGCUAUUGCUCCAGAUGAUGAAAUUGAUGAAAUGGACUUUGACUUUGAAAUCGACACCUCGGAGGGAGAGAUAGUUCGUCAGUGUGAAAUGAUAUUUGACGAGCUGGAAAAUAAGUUUGCACAAAAAUCUGACGUGGUCGAAGAAGUGACACCGGAUAGUUCUCGCAAGCGAAAGGCUUCUUCCCCGGAUAUCGAUGCCUACACCGAAGCAGCUACUGCAGCAAUCCAAAAACGUCGCGUCGCUCACGAGAACGCGGACAAGAACAAGCCUCAGGUAUUGCCAGCUUCCGUGGGGAAGCCGAACCACAUCCGCAAUGCAAUGCAGGCUAUCUUUGAGCGCCGAGCCGAGCUGCGGCGGCAGGAAAAGUUGCGCGCUGAGGCCGCUGCCGAGCAGCUGCGUCAGGCCCAAGAGCGGGUGCGUCAAGCGCAGGAGGACCUGCGCAAGGCGCAGGUUAACACACUCACACCACUCAUCUCAAGAAGCGCCCUGACUCCGCCAGUUCGAUCAGCUCGUAGCAUAGCACCCGUGUCGAACAUCGUGGCCAUAGCACGGGCCAAGAAGAAGAUCGAAGAGUUACAAGCAGAGAAGAAACCCGCCUUCACACCGGCUCAGUCUUUUAAGGGCACUGGUAGAGUGGCUCACAAGCCCUCAGCAGCUCUGGAUAAAGUAGCUCCGGCAGCCACCGAAACUCAAGCUGAGAAACCGACCAUUCUGGAGGCACAAAGCUCUAAAAUAUCCUACAACAUACGAAUGCAGUAUUAUGAGAUGAUGGUGAAGCACUGCACUGUCAUCUACCCGCAGCUGGCCGAUGCCUGGGAGAGAGCGCAGGUGGAGGAACUGGCCGUCUUCAAAAAGUGUAAUACUCCAGCUAUCUACAAGAAUAGCUGCAUGCUGGCGAUCAAUAAGCUGCGCAAGGAGGCCAUUGAAGCGGGUAAUCGUCCCAGUGUGGCCAAUAAGACGGUGUCGCACGAGAUGAUGCUGGGCGGCAAGCGAGCCCUCACUACCUCCUGGAGCAUGGAGAAAAAGGAGAAACUAGGCUCUUUAAGCAACGGUGAGCCCUUCGAUGCCCUGCCAGGCGAUAAAGCCUACGAAAUGGUUUAUGAAUUGCGUUUGACGGAGGAGCAGCUGGUGGAAAAUGGCUAUCCACGUCCUGGCGCCAAACGAGGGACGGCUGUCAUUCGUGCUUGUCGUCCCAACAGACGCCCCAACGAACGAGAACGAUAUUGCUCUCGUUGCGGCAAAGUUUUCAGCCUAGACAUCUACGAACAUAGCGGAGUCGACAUGUGCAACUAUCAUCCAAAGAGCACUGGCUAUCGGCGUGGUUUCACAGAUAACCAGCACCGCUGCUGUCAACAACCCGCGGGCACUCCGGGAUGUACCUACGCCAACUACCAUGUGAGCGAUUAUUACGAUCCCGAAAAGCUCACUUGUUUUGUGAAGACAAUCGAGCGGGACGAAGACUAUGUUUCUACCAAGAAGGACAUAUUCGCAUUGGAUUGUGAAAUGUGCUACACAACCCAUGGAAUAGAGCUAACCCGCGUCACAGUAGUGGACAUCAAUGGACGGAACGUUUACGACGCUCUAGUCAAACCGGACAACCAAAUUGUAGACUACAACACCACUUACUCGGGCAUUACGGAGGCUAUGCUGUCCAAGGAGACUCGAACGUUACGUGACGUUCAGGCCGUGUUGAUGUCGAUGUUUCAUGCCAAGACUGUACUGGUGGGCCACAGUCUGGAGAGCGAUCUGAAGGCCCUCAAGCUUAUUCACGAAGUGGUGGUAGACACCUCGGUUCUAUUUCCUCACAAGAUGGGUCCUCCCAAAAAGCGUGCCCUUAAGACGCUUUGCAUUGAGAAUCUAAAGCGUAUUAUACAGGAAAACGAGGCCGGUCAUGACAGUGCCGAGGACGCGGAGGUGUGCAUACAGCUCAUUAAGUACUAUUUGCGAAAUAAGAUUAGUUGAGCUGGCAGAAGAGGAACUCCUAAAAGCCGUCAGUUCAAAAGCAUUACUUACAUCUGUAACUAUGUAUACCAUGCCCACACCCGAAUCAAAGUGUUACCAUUAGUGAAACAUAUUAUAUUGACUCAAUAUGUAAUUGUAAUAAAAUCGUCAAGACUUAUAAUUAUAAA